AUGAGUGCAGACAUGGGAAGGGAAGGCAUGGGAAGCAUGCUUUGGGGCUACACUCACACCACCGCACAUAUGCCACACAUACCACACGUGUAUAACCAUUCACUCACCGAUGGAUACUCUCGUUAUAGCAAACUAUUCAUCGGUGGUCUCAGUUGGGAGACAACGAUCGAGAAACUGACGGAAUAUUUCUGUCGUUAUGGAGAAGUGACUGAUUGUGUGGUUAUGAAGAAUGCAGAGACCGGUCGCUCGCGUGGCUUCGGUUUCGUGACAUUCAAAGACCCCUCUUGUGUCCAGAUUGUGAUGGCCAGCGGUCCACACAUUCUCGACGGAAGGACUAUUGAUCCGAAAGAGUGUAACCCAAAGAGCGCACAAAAGGGCAAAAGAGACGCAAAAGUGGGAAACUUUCCGAAAGUGUUUUUGGGAGGACUUCCGCCUAACGUGAAUGAGUCUACUCUGAGGGACUACUUCUCCAAAUUCGGAAAGGUGGUCGAAGUGGUGAUAAUGUAUGAUCAGGAGAAAAAGAAAACUCGAGGCUUUGGAUUCUUGUCCUUUGAUAAUGAAGAUACCAUUGACAAAGUUGUCCAGGAACAUUUUGUUACCAUCGGUGGAAAGCAGGUCAUGUCCAACACCAGUGUGGAGAUCAAGAGGGCUGAACCCAGGGAUAAGGCGUCUGGAAAACCAAUGGGCAAUCUUAUGGGCGGCAGUCCUAUGCAACCGCACGGUGGCGGGCAUCCAAUGGCUGGCGCUAUGCCCCCGUGGAACCCCAUGACAGUCUUCGUGAGGGGUCCGGAGAACAGUAAUAUCGAGCACUUCGUCGAGAAAGUGGUCUUUCAUUUGCACGAAAGCUUCCCAAAGCCUAAGAGAGUGCUCAAAGAGCCGCCCUAUCAGGUCCAGGAGUCGGGUUACGCCUCCUUCGAGCUGCCCAUUGAGGUGUACUUCAAGAACAAGGAGGAGCCCAAGAAGAUCUCCUUCGACUACGACCUCUACCUCCGUCUGGACGACGCCGUCAGUCACAGCCGACGCGAGAAACUCACGUUUCAGAACCCAAGCAAUGACUUCAAGAAGAAACUGCUUAAAGCUGGAGGAAAUUGA